AUGCUGUUACAACCUGUUUGGAAAGGCUGCCGAUGGACGCAGUUUGUCAGGCCUAUCAGAAGAUGGAAUUCUACCGGCACGAAUAGAGGAGUUCCUUUUUCAUUUAAGGAUAUUUCAAAUCAGGAGGAUAUCACGAAUAUCUCGUAUCCUUCGUCCUCUGACUCAGUUUUGACAAAGUCAAAUGGUAGUAGUGAGGUUUACAAGCCCAAAGAGGAAGUAGUUAAGUACAUUCUACAUGGCAAGUUUACUAAAAAUAACACGCAUUUGACAUUUUCAAGCGUUGUGGAGGACAAGAACUUUCAUAAGAAUAAGGGACUUACGUAUAAUGAUACAAUGCUGUACUAUUUGAACUUACCCCAGAAAGUGAAGAUUUCGCUAUCUACAGGUUGUUUAGGGUUUAGGAAGGCAGCAAGAGGGGAGUAUGAAGCUGCAUUUCAAACCAGUGGUAGAAUGUUUGAAUUGAUUAAGGAAAAGAACAUGCUGAACAAAGAUAUCGAAGUGGUGAUGGACGACUUUGGGAAGGGCAGAGCUGCUUUUAUUUCCGCUCUUGUUGGUAAGGAAGGGGCCAGUGUGGUGAAAAAGGUUGUGAAGAUCAGCGAUGCCACCAAAUUGAAGUUUGGUGGUGUAAGAUCACCAAAGAUGAGAAGACUAUGA